CAAAGUGGGACACGAGUUAAGGACCCGACGUAAAACAACCAACAUAUUUCAAUUGGAGGGACUGUUAUUCCUGUCACAAUGUUGUCUGUCUUCAAAAAAUUUUAAGAGUCACGAUUGAAUGGAAACUUCUGAUCUAGAAGUCUUCCUUGUAUGUUAAAAAAGUGCUAAUGAUGUUCCGCUCACACAAGAUGUCACUUAAGCAUGGCGCAGUAAAUAAUGUCCGGCUCCCGUCCUUUAACCACUCAAAUGGAGACUGUUCAGUGUCAUCGCUAAUCAACCCGUGCAAUGGCUGCGUUCAAGGUAGUCACUCGACUCAGAGUUCUUCUAAAAAGGAAAUUAUUGGGCCUACUGGUACUGUUCGUGGAUACAAGAAUAUGAUCAAAGAACGGAAAGAGAUUUUAAGACUUAGUUUUGUCGGAGAGAGUCUCGAGGAGAGCGAAGAAGGAAAGAUCGUCGUGUACACGACUUCGAUGGGAGGAAUUCGAUCAACGGUGGAGGAGUGUGCAUACAUCAGGAAAUUAUUUGACAAUUUGGGACUAAAAGUGGAUGAGCGCGACAUAUUUAUGCACAAAGACUAUCAGUGUCAGCUUGACACGCGGUUAGCCAUUCAAAACGCCACCGUUCCUCAUGUAUUUGUAAACGGAGUUUCUUUGGGGGGUGUUAGAGAACUUGAACACCUAAACGAAACUGGAAAACUAAAGACUUUGUUUGAAAAAUUUGAGAGGAGGAGUAGCAGAGUAUGCCCCAGUUGCGGCGGGUUUCGAUACAUCAACUGCACUCAGUGUCACGGCAGUAAGAGAUCAAGAAAAACAAGGAUUUCAAGAGAGAUCAAUGUACUACGGUGUACUGCUUGCAAUGAAAAUGGUCUUCAACCCUGCUCAGAGUGUUCAAAAUAACCACGAAUAUUCCCAAGGACCAGUGAAAGAACACCUUUUGGUAAAAUUGGUUACCUUCGAGUGUGUUGUCGAGUACGAGCUGGGAACUAAGAAGAGACUGAUAGUGAAGUAGCGCCAAAACUUUCUGUGCUACACACAAAUGGAGCCUAGCCUCUGCUCUGGAUGAGCAAAAACGAUUUGCCACGGGCACUUCUCUUUCAUAUAUUUUAAGAAGUAAGUUAAUGAUGAGCAGUUGUGGAACCCUUUGUGGUUCCUGUAACCAUGUUUGGCAGGACCCUGAGUGCUAACACUUUGAGAAGUAUUCACUGCACCAAUGAACCACGCGCCUGUAGCGCUAAUACAUUUUGAGAAUAUAAGAGAAAAAUUUGAAUUGAACGAAAUAAAAAUUUUUCUACCCAA